AUGGCUACUGUGCAAGCGACCGAGGAGGAGCGCGUGCAUCUACGAAGAGUGUCUGCAGAUUUCCCGCCCACACCACCAGAUUCAGAUCUUAGCGAUACGGAAAAAUCGACCAGCAACAUAGAUUCUACAAAUUUCCCUUUGCCUCCACCGUCACACCCGCCUACCGAGAUCAACCCAUUAGACAGCAAGACACCAGACGCAUGGCUACCGCGAGACCCGAGAUUGAUUCGACUCACUGGAGCCCAUCCAUUCAACUGUGAAGCUCCUCUUACAGAUUUGUACAACGAAGGCUGGUUGACGAGUCCCGAAUUGUUCUACGUACGAAAUCAUGGUCCCGUACCUCAGGUCAAUGACGAAGACAUACCAGAUUGGGAGUUUACAGUAGAAGGACUUGUCGAGAAGCCACUCACAAUCAAAUUCAAGGAUCUCGUUCGGGAAUAUGACCAGAUCACUUGUCCUGUGACACUCGUUUGUGCUGGUAACAGGCGAAAGGAACAGAACGUUGUUCGUAAAACCAAAGGCUUCUCUUGGGGCGCUGCUGGAGUCUCGAAUGCCCUCUGGACUGGCGUCAUGAUGCACGAAAUCUUGAAGAAGACCGGACUCAAGCGAGGAGCAAGAUACGUGUGUAUGGAGGGUGCCGACAAGCUGCCCAACGGAUACUACGGCACGUCUGUCAAGCUCAACUGGGCCUUGGAUCCCAACAGAGGCAUGAUGCUUGCUUACAAAAUGAACGGCGAGAUGUUGACCCCAGAUCACGGAAAGCCUCUUCGAUGUAUCAUUCCUGGCCAGAUCGGAGGUCGCAGCGUAAAAUGGCUCAAGAAGCUCAUAAUCACCGACAAGCCUAGUGACAACUGGUACCACAUCUACGACAACCGAGUAUUGCCCACAACCGUCUCACCAGAAGAGUCUGCGAACAACAAGGAUUGGUGGAUGGAUGAGCGAUAUGCGAUCUACGACCUGUCAACUAACUCUGCGAUGGCACAUCCAAAACAUGAAGAGCAGUUGUGUCUUGUCGGAGCACCACAAAGCUACCGGGUGAAGGGAUACGCUUACGGUGGCGGUGGUCGACGCGUCACUCGUGUUGAAAUCACACUGGAUAAAGGCAAGAGCUGGCGUCUAGCCAAUGUUGACUAUGCGGAAGACAGAUAUCGAGAAGCAGGUCCAGUCGAUCUGUAUGGUGGCAGACUCGAUAUGGAAUGGAGAGAAAGCUGUUUCUCCUGGGCCUUCUGGAAUAUCGAUAUCCCAGUCGAUGACUUGAAGGAUGCGAAAGACAUCAUGUGUCGAGCCAUGGACGAGAGUAUGAAUGUUCAGCCUCGUGACAUGUACUGGAGUGUCCUGGGUAUGAUGAACAAUCCCUGGUAUCGCAUCGCCAUCCACAGAGAGAACGAUUAUCUGCGCUUCGAGCACCCUACACUACCUGCCUUGAUGCCUGGAGGUUGGAUGGAGCGUGUGAAGAAACUUGGGGGUAACCUCGCCAAUGGCUACUGGGGAGAACAACUAGGAGGCUCCGAGGCACCAGAACCUGUUGCAGAAGCAGCGGCAGACGUCAAGAUGACCAAGGAUGGGAUCGACAAGAAAAUCACGAUUGACGACCUACGCAAGCACGACACCGAGAAGGAACCAUGGUUCGUGGUGAAUGGUGAGGUUUAUGAUGGCACUGCAUUCAUGGAAGGUCAUCCCGGAGGAGCUACGAGCAUUGUUGCAGCUGCUGGCUUGGACAGCUCCGACGAGUUCAUGGCGAUUCACAGCGAGACCGCCAAGGCCAUGAUGCCAACAUAUCACAUCGGAACAUUAGACGAGGAGGGCAAGCGUGCAUUGAGCGGCGAGGAAGUGCAGCCAGAUGAGAACGCAACGCCCUCGGAGACUUUCUUGCACCCGCGCACUUGGAAGAAGGCUAUCUUGCAAUCAAAGAAGACAGUGUCUUGGGAUAGUCGCAUCUUCAGAUUCAAGCUCGAGGCUGAAGAGCAGAAACUUGGUCUUCCUACUGGCCAACAUUUGAUGAUGCGUCUCCGCGACCCCGUUACUCGCGAAGCAAUCAUUCGCUCAUACACGCCUAUCUCGGAGACAACGGAGCAGGGCUUUGUGGACAUUCUGAUCAAGGUGUACUUCAAGACAGGCUCACAGGAAGGAGGGAAGAUGUCAACGGCUCUGGACUCUUUGCCUAUUGGCCACUUUGUUGAUUUCAAGGGUCCGAUCGGCAAGUUCCAAUAUCUGAGUCCUGGCCUCUGUUCUAUCAAUGGUGUCGAGCGACGCAUCACACAAUUUGUCAUGAUCUGUGGUGGAUCAGGUGUCACGCCUAUCUACCAAGUCUUCCGCGCCGUCAUGCAAGAUGCUAGCGAUAAGACCAAAUGCACUCUGCUCGACGGCAACCGACUUGUUGAGGACAUUCUAUGCAAGGGAGAGCUGGAUGGAUUUGCCAAAGACAACGAGCACAAGGCAAAGCUUCUCUACACACUCACCCAGGCGCCGGAGAACUGGGAUGGAUUGAGAGGACGCAUUGCCGCACCACUUCUUGCCGAGCACGCCAGCAAAGAGGCACUAAAGCUCGACCCGACCGAACAAGCUAUGGUAUUGAUCUGCGGGCCCGAAGCGCUUGAGAAGAGCUGUCAUGCUGCAUUGUUGAACCAAGGUUGGCGUGAUGACGAAAUGCUCUUCUUCUAG